AUGGGGGUUCAACGUGCGGCCAAAUUGGCCGUUGCGGGAAUCGGCGUGGCACUCGCCGUCGUGUCCUGCUGCUACAUGGCCGACAACUACCUCGUCAUCUCCCACCCUACCCUCUGCAGCGGCGUGUCGAACGCGACCCUCUGCUCGCAAGAGUUCCGCGCAGCACGCAGGCAACUCAGCGUUAUCCCGAAAACCGCGGACCAAGUCACGGCCGCCAUGGUCUCCGCGGUGGCGGCACAAGUCUCCGCGAUCAUCGAUGCCGCCGCGGAGAUCAAGCGCGCCAACGUGAGGCAGAAUCACUUCAUCAAUGUUGUGGCGGACGACUGCAGCACGCAGGGCGGCAUCGCGCUGCGCUACCUGGGCCGCACGUUGGACGCGAUCGACACGGACAGCGCGCAGCACGAUCGCGCGUUCUGGCUGUCCGCCGCCAGCACGCAAGUCGAGAAUUGCGUGGACGGGUUCAAGACGCUUGCACCCUCUGCCACGUUCCAGCCGGCAUUCGUGCAUCUCGAGACCGUCGCCAACAAGGCGAGCGACACGCUCGAAGCCGUGGUCGCUAUCGCCAAAAAGGCUGCAGCAGGCCCGCCCGAGUUGGGUCGCAAGCUCGCGUCGUCCGAGCCCGCUGAUGUCGCAGGAGGCGCCAAGUGGCUGGACGACGACUUUGUCGCACAGCUGCGACAGCUUCAGGCGGAGCUGAACGCCCUGGGCGACGGCGUUCACGAGUACGUCGCACGGCGGGAGCUGCGACGCCGUCACGACGACGACGACGACGAUGAUGAUGACGACGACGAGGACAAGAAGGACAAGAAGAGCAAGAAGAAAAAGGGCAACAGCGGCGGCAGCGGCGGCGGCAGCAGUAAGAACAAGAACAAGAACAAGAACAAGAACAACAAGAGCAAGAGCAAGGGCAGCGGCGUGAAACCCGCUUCAGGUCCCAUUCACGCGAGCAAGGGACUGAAGGCCAAUGCCGUCGUGAAGGGGAAGAUUCAGUCCGCGAUUGACGCCGCUCCUGGCGGCAGCCAGUACGUGAUCUACAUCCCUGCCGGCACCUACAGGGAGCAAGUUGUCAUUGACACCCCCGAUAUUAUCCUCAUCGGGGCCGGCGCCGGCGCUACCGUGAUCACAUACGACGAGAGCUACGGCAGCGGAUCGAGCACGUUCGAUUCAGCCACGGUUGGCGUGAACAGCGACCGCGACCAGUCGGCGGCGAUCGACUGCGCGUUCGAAGGGUCGCAGGAUACGCUGUACGUGGACGCGGGGCGGCAGUUCUACUCCAACUGCUACAUCGGCGGCACGCAGGACUUCAUAUUCGGCGACGCGGCCGCCGUCAUUCAGAACGCCAAGAUCCAGCUGCAUCCCAGCAAGUCGUUCAUCACCCUGACCGCGUCGGGCCGCGCCAAGGACACGCCGACGGGGAUCGUGAUUCGCGACUCGGUGGUAAGCGCGGACAAGGGCGCGGCGAAGGCGUACCUAGGGCGGCCGUGGAAGAAGUGUGCGUUCACGGUCUUCGUGAACGUCAUGCUGCCGGCCGUUAUCCAGCCGGACGGGUGGCUGUCGUGGAACGAGGGCAGCUGCAUGUUCCUGGCGGAGGCCGGCAGCAAGGGCCCGGGCGCCAAGGCGUCGCGCGCCGACUGGGUGGACCCUGGGAUCAUCUCCAACGGCGCCUCCUACACCGCUGCUGCCUUCGCUGAAGUCAACUCCUGGCUCAUCCUCUCUUGA